AUGUUUUGGAGGUUUGGCGGCUACGCCAACAUCUCCACCAUCGACACCAUCCUUGACAAGACCGACUUUACCCUCGAGGAGCUUCUCGACGAGUCCGACCUCAUCCAAGAACUCAAGCAGCACAACUCCAAGCUCAUUGAGUAUCUCCGCGAAGAUGCCAUCCUCAAGCGCCUGCUCGAAUACGUCGUCGCCCCCAAGCUCGCUACCUUCGAGACCUCCCAAGACAACCAGGAUGAUUUGCGCGGAAGGAAUCGCCUGAUGACCUUUUCUCGUCCUCGGGCAUCCUCCCGCAACACCGACUCGGCCGGAGCUGACGAUCCCGCACAAGAGAAGCGGCGCAACCACUACGCGCUGGUCGCCGCCGAGGUUUUAAGCUCCGACACCUGGUCCAUCUACGAGUCCCUCACAGACAACAAGCAGCUCAUCAAGGCAUUUUGGGAAUUCUUGUCCCGCCCCGCUCCUCUCGACCCGCUGCAGGCCAGCUACUUUACCAAGGUUAACGAGUCGCUCUUCGAGAAGAAAACAGAGGAGAUGAUCGAGCUGCUGCGAAGCCUUCCGAACGCCAUCCCUGACAUGCUGCGACAUGUUGAGUGCCCCAUGAUUAUGGACCUGCUUCUCAAGAUUAUUGCCAUGGACCGUACCGAAGGCGGCCACGGCAUUGUUGAGUGGCUCUACUCAAAAGACAUCAUCUCGACGCUUCUCUCCUUCAUCAGCCCCGAGCACUCCUGGGUCGUUCAAACCGCUGCUGGUGACUUCAUCAAAGCGAUCAUCACCAUAUCUGCCAAUGCUUCACAAAAUGAACAACAAUGCAUCGGGCCGAACGAGCUCACCCGCCAACUAGUCUCUAAAGAGUGCGUCGAUCAACUUGUUGGAUACAUGCUUCACGGUGGAAACCCCCUUACCGUUGGCGUUGGCAUCAUCAUUGAAGUCAUUCGCAAAAACAACUCUGACUACGAUCCUGACGUGCUUGCCGAAGCCGAAAAUGAACCUUCCAGCCGCGAUCCCAUCUAUCUUGGAACUCUCCUCCGCCUAUUCGCAGACAACGUGCCCAAUUUCAUGAGCCUGAUAAUGGAAGGCCCUGCACAGGCCAAAGGUCUCGCGUCAACAUUUGGCGAAAAACUGGAGCCGCUGGGAUUUGACCGCUUCAAGACUUGCGAACUUAUGGCAGAGCUUCUGCACUGCAGCAACAUGGGCCUUCUCAACGAAAGCGGGUCGGAGCAACUCAUUGCUGCGCGCGAUUCAGAGCGCCAGCGCAUGAGAGAAGCCGGGCUGCUAUUCCCUGCACGCGAUGACGAUACUGCUAGCGACAAUUUGACAAUGCGGCAGGGAAUGCCUACUGAAGGCAGACGUCUUGAAGUCACGAACCCUAAUGAGGACGGCUUCGAAGAAGUAGAUGCUGCGACGGAAGAAGCCCAAAAGCAAGAAAAAUCAAGCAUUGCAGCGCUGAAAGAUAACGAUGACUUUGUUGAUGAACCCCUUACAUCCCCGAAGUUGGAUUCCACAAGGGCUACUGAGCAGCAGUACGAGAACCCCGAGCUCGUUGUUGCACCUCUGUCGCCCAUCAAGGCGCCCUCUGCCGAGUUUGAUGAUAGACCAGAGGCCCCAUCCGGAACGUCCGAUCUCGAAGUUCCAACAGUCUCGGAAAGCUCCGUCGCAGAACAGGAGGCUAAGCUAGAAAGCCCUGCAACAGCUGUUGAUAGCAUUACGAGAGACACCAGUAAAUUGGAUGUCGCCUCUCCCAGCGACACGCUUUCACUGGCUCGAGAACUCUCACCACACCCCGAAGAUACCCCUGCGCCACUGUUCUCUGCACCACCUGCCCCUGAACCGCCCGCUGAAGGUGAAAGACCUGCGUGGGAUGAUAUGCAGCAGGACACCGAACCAUCUGAAAUUAUCAUUGCCCAUGUUCCCGAGGUACCUGCUGCCCCAGAACUAGAUAUGCCGGGCGAGCCUGUUGUGGGAGACUACUUGAAGCAGCAGUUUGUUGAGCACCGCGUUGUUCCCACUAUUUUGUCGUUUUUCUUUAAAUACCCAUGGAACAAUUUUCUGCAUAAUGUUGUCUACGAUGUGGUUCAGCAAGUAUUUAAUGGCCCUAUGGAUCGAGGCUACAACCCAACUUUGGCUGUAUCUCUCUUCGAGGCCGCAGACGUUACGACUGCCAUCAUCGAGGGCCAGCAAGCCAGCGAUAAAUCUCAGGCCAAGACCAAGACCCGCAUGGGCUACAUGGGCCAUCUCACAUUAAUUGCUGAGGAAGUUGUCAAGUUUACCGAAAGACAUCCACCCGAGCUGCUGUCUGAGACUGUCCUGGACAGGGUGAUGAGUGCAGGCUGGAUCAAUUACGUCGAGGGUGCACUCGCAGAAACCCGUGAGCGGGACAAUGCUAUUCUCGGCGGCGUGAGGCCCGAGGUUGCACUUGGCCAGCGCCACAGUCUCGGCCCCGGCGGUAUCGGUGGCCUCACUGGCUUGAGUAACACACCAGCAGGCGCCACCGCACUGGCAGAAGCCGGCUUGAAUGGCGGCAUGGAACUCAGUGACAACACUGGCGGCGGCAUGGGACAGUUUGCAAUCAGCGGAGGCGCCAUGAUAUCCGGAUUUGGGAGCAGCAGUGACGAAGAUGACGACGAUGGGGAGGGCGAAGAUGAAGACAUCAACACAGAGUUUCGCUCCUUCGCUGAGCAUGGUGGCUCUCUUGACCCACCAUCAAUACCGCCGCCUCCGCCUCCUCCUCCACUGAAUAUUCCGCCGUCGCGGGCGCGGCUUCAGCUCGCGGCGAGGCUGGCUAUGCACCAAAAAAGCAGAGAGGACAACGCGGCCUUCAGCGGCUCCUUCAAUGGCUUUGACGACGAGGACGAGGACGAUGACGAUGAUGACGACAAUGAUGCACGUAACGCGACGGAUCCCUUUGCGGAUGUCGACGAUGAUGACCUGGACGACGACCUAGACGACGAUGAGCCCCAUCACGGCGGCCGUGGCGCGUGGUGGCGCGACGUUGUAAGCAAGGCCCCUGGUGCCGGCGCUGUUGACCAAGACGACUCAGACGACGAGGAGUUUGGUGACUUUGCCAUGGCCGAGGACGAAAGAGGUGGCGGUAGCAGCGGCGCUCGCGACGAGGAGACGACGCCUGAAAGAGUGCUCCUAAAGCCGCUGGCCGUGAACCCCGUCAAAGAGGCGGCCCGCGGUCUCAGCGGUCUCUGGCCCUUUGGCUCUCGGGCGGAAACGACAGCGGCAUCGGGCAAGACGGACGACGCUGAGGCCGAUGAGGACGAGGGCGAAGUCAUUGUUCCCCCAGCGACCGGCGGCGAUGCGAAAGCGAGCCGCAGCACGGGUCCAGUCGAAGCGAAGGAGGGCAUUCGCCGCACAAACAUCGAAGAAGUGGACGACGAUGAAGUGAUCAAUUUCAAGUAG